AUGGCUGUCGACGUCGCCAAGAUCAUCUGUUCUCUCGCUGUGGUGCUUCUAGACGGAUCCGCCUGGCGGUUAUGGCGUAGCUGGCGAAUAAAAGAGUUCCUGCAGGGCUCCAUGGUGCCGGCCUUCGUGUACACGGUGCAGAACGUGCUUAUCAACAUCGCUUAUCGCCACCUGCACCCGGUCACCUUCGCCAUGCUGUCCCAGACGAAGCUUCUCUUCACCGCCCUCUUCAACUUCAUUUUCCUCAGGCAGAAGCAGUCCGUCCGGCAGGUCUUGGCCCUGCUCGCCAUGCUCGUAGCAGCUGUGCUCCUCUCCAUCGCCGACCAUUGGAUCUCCCAGGUAAAGGGCCGCAGCUCCUACCUGAUGACCAUUGAGAUGUCGUCGUUCAGCUUCUGCCUCCUCCUCGCCUCUCUCCUGCUGUUCCCAUCAUCGCACGACGCCGUACGCAUGAGGCAGCUCGGGUUCUUCCACGCCUGGACCCUCCUCUCCACAGUGCCCAUACUGACCAACGCACUGGCAGGCAUUCUGGUUGGGGUGGUGGUGCAGGUAUCUGGGGGACUUAAAAAGUACACUUUGUCCCCCUCCUGCCUUCGCCACGCUCCUGUCUUCUCCCCUCUCUCCUCCUCUCUUCCUCCCUCCUUCCCCCCACGUGCCCCACAAUCCACUGCAAUCCGUCCCUCUUCCCAUCCGCCUCGUCUCUCACUCCUCCCCUCCCCCAUUCGCCAGGGUUUCGUGAUGAUAAUAGCGCUGCUGGUGACGGCAGCAGCACAGCUUCUCCUUGAAGGGGAGCCUCCCCCGCUGCUGGUGUGGCUGGCGUUCCCCUUGGUAGUGGCCAGCACCCACAUGCAUGCAGCAUACCCGUAUGUGGAAAAGAAGGAUUUGGAUCGAAGGAAGGCAGAGUAG